AUGCCAGACACUGCAGUACCAUACCAGAAGUUGGAUGCCGACCAAAGCACCAUCUCAGUUGAGUUAAUGACUCCCUGCCCCAGUCAGGUGAACAAAGAAAUCUGGGGCUCCUUGCGACCUGGCCUGAUGACGGCUGGGAGGGUGAGGUACAAUGAUAGGUGCAAAGACCUUCUGGAAAAAAAUAUAAUGUUCAGAAAGUUUAUAGAGACUCAUCUGAAAACCAUCCCCAGUCGUGCAUUUUCAAAUCUGCCCAAUAUUUCCAGGAUCUACCUGUCAAUAGAUGCAACUCUACAGCAGCUGGAAUCACAGUCCUUCUACAAUUUGAGCAAAAUGACUCACAUAGAGAUUCGGAAUACCAGAAGCUUAACGUACAUAAACCCUGGUGCCCUAAAAGAUCUCCCCCUUCUAAAGUUCCUUGGCAUUUUCAACACUGGACUUAGAAUAUUCCCAGACCUGACCAAAGUGUAUUCCACUGAUGUAUUCUUCAUACUUGAAAUUACAGACAACCCUUACAUGACAUCAAUCCCUGCGAAUGCUUUUCAGGGCCUGUGCAACGAAACCUUGACACUGAAACUAUACAACAAUGGCUUUACUUCAGUCCAAGGACAUGCUUUCAAUGGGACAAAGCUGGAUGCUGUUUACCUGAACAAGAAUAAAUACCUGACAGUUAUUGACAAAGAUGCAUUUGGAGGAGUUUUCAGUGGACCAACCUUGCUGGACGUCUCUUAUACCAGUGUUACUGCCCUGCCACCCAAAGGCCUGGAACACCUGAAGGAACUGAUAGCAAGAAACACUUGGACUCUAAAGAAACUUCCACUGUCCUUGAGUUUCCUUCACCUCACACGAGCUGACCUUUCUUAUCCGAGCCACUGCUGUGCUUUUAAGAAUCAGAAGAAGAUCAGAGGAAUCCUUGAGUCUUUAAUGUGUAAUGAGAGCAGUAUUCGGAGCCUGCGUCAGAGAAAAUCUGUUAAUGCUGUAAAUGGUCCCUUUUACCAAGAAUAUGAAGAGGAUCUGGGCGACAGCAGUGUUGGGAAUAAGGAAAACUCCAAGUUCCAGGAUACCCACAGCAACUCUCAUUACUACGUCUUCUUUGAAGAACAAGAGGAUGAGAUCAUUGGUUUUGGCCAAGAGCUCAAAAACCCCCAGGAAGAGACCCUCCAGGCCUUUGACAGCCAUUACGACUACACAGUGUGUGGGGGCAGUGAAGACAUGGUGUGCACCCCCAAGUCAGAUGAGUUCAACCCCUGUGAAGACAUAAUGGGCUACAGGUUCCUGAGAAUCGUGGUGUGGUUCGUUAGCCUGCUGGCUCUCCUGGGCAAUGUCUUUGUCCUGGUCAUCCUCCUCACGAGCCACUACAAACUGACGGUCCCACGUUUUCUCAUGUGCAACUUGGCCUUUGCAGAUUUCUGCAUGGGGAUGUAUCUGCUCCUCAUUGCCUCGGUGGACCUCUACACUCAGUCUGAGUACUACAACCAUGCCAUCGACUGGCAGACAGGUCCCGGGUGCAACACGGCUGGUUUCUUCACCGUCUUUGCCAGCGAGCUGUCAGUGUACACACUAACAGUCAUCACUCUGGAGCGCUGGUAUGCCAUCACCUUCGCCAUGCGCCUGGAUCGCAAGAUCCGCCUCAGGCACGCCUACGCCAUCAUGGCUGGCGGCUGGGUUUGCUGCUUCCUGCUCGCCCUGCUGCCUUUGGUGGGGAUAAGCAGCUAUGCUAAGGUCAGCAUCUGCCUGCCCAUGGACACUGAGACCCCUCUUGCCCUGGCGUAUAUUAUCCUUGUUCUGUUGCUCAACAUAGUUGCCUUUACCAUCGUCUGCUCCUGUUACGUGAAGAUCUACGUCACAGUCCGAAAUCCCCAGUAUAACCCAGGAGACAAAGACACUAAAAUUGCCAAAAGGAUGGCUGUGUUGAUCUUCACUGACUUCAUGUGCAUGGCCCCGAUCUCCUUUUACGCCCUCUCAGCACUUAUGAACAAGCCUCUCAUCACUGUCACCAACUCCAAAAUCUUGCUCGUUCUCUUCUACCCACUUAACUCCUGUGCCAACCCGUUCCUCUAUGCCAUUUUCACCAAAGCCUUCCAGAGGGAUGUGUUUAUCCUGCUCAGCAAGUUCGGCUUCUGUAAACGCCAGGCUCAGGCAUACCGGGGUCAGAGAGUGUCUCCAAAAAACAGCACUGGUAUUCAGGUCCAAAAGGUUACCCAAAACAUGAGGCAAAGUCUCCCCAACAGGCAGGAUGACUACGAACUGCUUGAAAACUCCCAUCUAACCCACAAAAAGCAUGACCAAAUUUCAAAGGAGUAUAAGCAAACAGUUUUGUAAGCUGACAGUGGUAGGGGGACUUAGGCUGGUGUCUUAGGAGCAUGCAUUCCAACCAUUGACAUACUCAACACACAGCUGACCUAACCCUUCUGCAGGUAAUGUUCAUCUCUGGAGGGGGACUAGCACUAACCUAGUCAUCACCUCCAAGACGAAAGAGAGGCUACCAGCAUGUCUGAAUCCCAGGUGAUAGCAAACUAAUCUAUACUCUCUGGGAGAUUUGCUAGAUGCUAAAUGCAACAAUGGCAUCAUAUAAAAUGCUUAAUAAGUAUCAGCUGAGUCAUGUUGACAUUGAGCUUUCACACUUAUAUGUAACAUUUUGUAUUAAAGAUUCAGCAAAUGGCCCAUGCUGUUGACUUGGUUGUUGACCACCAAAUAAAACUGGCCUCAUGUUGGCUCAGUUCAACUUCAUGUUCCCUGAUACAACCCAAGAGACUAAAAAGUCAAACAGGACAUCAAGCAAGGAACAGUUGUUUUGAGACAUGAAGGAGGGCAAAGGCUUAGCUUUGAG